GCGUCCCACAAUGCAUCAGUUUCCAAACUUCCAGAAGUUAAAGCACAAACCCACACGCCACUAUGAAAACCAUCGCCUGUCUAGUGUUGGCCAGUGCCUUCAUUGCCUGUGCCGUGGCCACGAUUUCGGAGGAGCAGCGAGAGGCCGCCCGGCAGCUGGCGGGCAAGUGUAUGCAGCAGACGGGCGCGUCCGAAGAUGACGUGAACCGGCUGCGCUCGGGUGACACCGAGGGUGCCGAUCGCAACACGCGCUGCUUCGUGCAGUGCUUCUUCCAGGGCGCCGGGUUCGUCGACCAGGACGGCAGUGUGCAGACGGACGAGCUGACCCAGAAGUUGGCCAGCGAGUACGGGCAGGAGAAGGCCGACGAGCUGGUGGCGCGCUGUCGCAACAACGACGGACCGGAUGCCUGCGAACGGUCGUUCCGGCUGCUGCAGUGCUACAUGGAGAACCGUGCAUCGCUGAUGUUCUAAGAGCUGACGCUUUCUUCGAUUCCUACCCCUUGAAUGAAUGGUCUUUCGCUAUCUAUCCCCAAUAUCUCCCGCUCUGAAUCGCUACGCUCCGUUUACACGGUUAAAGCGAAGCUAAUAAAAAUGAAAUCUUGCACCUUGAAA